UUGUUACCUUGUCGCCCCGUCUUCGAACUGCAGCAUGGAGGAUGUGCUGGCAGAUGCAGCGCUCUUGGCGAACACCAUCAGCUUCUUGCCUCGACAAGACGCCAUGUCGAUGGUGUAUGUAAACUCGAUGUGGACAAAGGCGUUGAUGCGGCCGGCAGUGUGGGAAGAGCUCGCGCAGACACCGAAAGGUCCCAUCCUCGCCACAUGUUUUAGACGAGCUGCCUCGUACAUUUACACAGAAAUGGACGUUCCGUCGCCCAAUGUGAACCGACGAGGGUCCCCUCCCACAAUCCGUGGGUGCUUGUUGAGCGACCGAUCCACGAUCAAAGACUACAUUGACGAGCUCAAGGGCUUGUACUACGAACACAGGAGAAUGGACGAUGCGCCGCGGCUGCUUCAACUGCCAGACGUGCUGCUACGAGACGAUUCCAAGGCGAAAGGCGAUCAGUCCAGCGACUUGGUCAAGAACCAUGCGUUUCAUACGGUCAAGCUCAUCGAGGGGGGUGUCGACGGCACCACAGGAGCGUCCCAUGUGUUGUCUGGGGGAAUCACCGUCGACGGCGGGUUCUUCUACCUGUGGCGGUUACAUGACUUGGCGUUGUGCGGCACGAUUGCGCUGGCGUCGGCCUCAUGUUUUGACGUGUGCGCGACGGCGCUCGCAAUUGGGACGCUGGACGGCACCGUCAAAGUAUGGGAUCUGGCCGUAUGGGUGUCCAAGUCUUCUUCAUCCCCACCGCCGAGUAACCCCCGCCUGCUGAUCAUCCCGCCCACGACGACGCUGGCGCUGCGCAGUCACCUGACCCUCACGCCGUUCCUGCGCACACGGUCCAGCGGCCAGGCGCACAAAAUUUCGCUCGUCAAAGUCGACCUGAGCGAUGGAUCGUUCCUCCAGGCGGCAGCGACCACAGACAAGGGCGACGUGCAUGUGUGGGACGCCACCAAGAGCGAAAUCAUCCUCUCCCUAGCCCCCGACCGCAUCCACACAUCGACGUUACCGCGGGCGGCGCGGGCAGCGCGGCCGCAAGUGUCGAGUCUGAUGCUGUUCCGCAACACGCUCGUGUGCGGCACGUCCGCCGGCCUUGUGCGUAUCUUCGACCUUCGCAAUGGGAAGCUCACGCACCGCAUAAGUGGGCAUCCAGAUGCGAUUCAAAAGACAGACACCAAGGGGCGGGUACUGUGGACUGCCGGGCACGACGGGUCGGUCCGGUGGUGGGGCGGCAAAAACGCCAAGGUAUGCCCCAAAUCGGCGCUGUGCCGGGGCGGCAUCGGCGCGCUCGAGAUGGACGAGACGGCCGUGGUCGCCGGGUACGCGGACGGCGGCAUGCAGGCGUGGGAUGUGCGGACGCAGCAGCCGCUUUGCACGUUCGCAUCGUCCGUGGGGGUGUCGAGUUUGCAGUUUGACAAGCGCAAACUGGUGAGCGUGUCGAAAAACGGUGUCGCAUGCGUGUGGCGGUGGUACGCGAUGUACCCCCACGGGGUAUUUCCAAGGCAGCACACGUACACUUGUGUGUGUUUUGAUGAAAAGCACUUGGUGCUGGGCACCACGGGCGGCGUCGCGGUCGUGUACACGAUGGAAGGCGGACCCGCAAAGAAACCCACGAGUGUGUACGACUACUAGACAACCUAGGACUAGUAUGGAUUGAUACCAGUGAUUAUUGUACCAAGUGUCAAGAACGUUACUAGUUAACAGUGGUCCAGAGCAUCCACGAC